AUGGAGCCCCAGCUGGGGCCUGAGGCUGCCGCCCUCCACCCGGGCUGGCCGGCCCUGCUGCUGCUGCUGUGGGUCUCAGGCCUGAGCUACUCUGUCUCCUCGCCGUCUCCUCCCUCUCCUUCUCUGGUGCCCCGAGUCAGAACCAGCUACAAUGUUGGAAGGACUUUCCUCGGUCUUGAUAAGUGCAAUGCCUGCAUCGGGACAUCUAUUUGCAAGAAGUUCUUUAAAGAAGAAAUAAGGUUUGACAACUGGCUGGCCUCACACCUCGGACUGCCUCCUGACGACUUGCCUUCUUACCCUGUAAAUUACUCGGAUGACUUCAAAACCUGGCGCCCUGUGGAGGUCUCAAGGCUGGUCAGCAAACACCAAAAUGAGAUCUCGGACAGGAGAAUCUGUGCCUCCGCCGCUGCCCCAAAGACCUGCAGCAUCGAGCGCGUCCUGCGGAAAACAGGGAGGUUCCAGAAAUGGCUGCAGGCCAAGCGCCUCACACCUGACCUGGUGCAGGGCCUGCCCAGCCCUCUCUUGCGCUGCCCGUCACAGAGACUCCUGGAUCGCGUGGUCCGGCGCUAUGCAGAGGUGGCCGACGCUGGCAGCAUCUUCAUGGACCACUUCACGGACCGCGACAAGCUGCGUCUCCUCUACACACUAGCUGUCAACGCGCAUCCCAUCCUCCUACAGAUCUUCCCUGGCGCCGAGGGAUGGCCACUGCCCAAGUACUUGGGCUCCUGCGGCAGAUUUCUGGUCAGCACCAGCACCAGCCCGCUGCAGGAAUUCUAUGGUGCACCCCCAGACCAGGCGGCCGACCUGGCCUACCAGCUCCUGGGUGUCCUGGAGUCUCUGAGGAGCAACGAUCUGAACUACUUCUUCUACUUCACCCACGUGGAUGCGGGCAUGUUUGGCAUCUUCAACAAUGGGCAUCUGUUCAUCCGGGAUGCCAGUGCUCUGGGCGUCAUCGACAGGCAGGAAGGCAGCCAAGCAGCCUCCAGGGCAGGAGAGAAUAAAGACAUCUUCAGCUGCCUGGUCUCUGGCUGCCAGACCGAGCUGCCCUCCUGCGACACCAUCUCUGAGAAGCAGAGCCUGGCGCUGGUGUGUGGCCAGGUGCUGCCCCCGCUUCUCCAGGCCAAGUUCCCAUCCCCGGUACAGGAGGAGAUAGACGCCGAGCUCGCACGCUGUGGGGAGGGAAGCCGGCCAGACCCCGAGGUCCUGGGGGCCGCCAGCCGGCUGAAGGACAUCUUGAGGCCCCUGAGAACCUGUGACCCCAGAUUUGCCUACCGCUACCCAGACUGCAAGUAUAAUGAUAAGUUCUGAGGGGCUGGAGCCUUGCUGGCCUCCAGGGACCACAUCCUUGGACGUUCCAUUGCCAUUCGGCUUACGGCACGGUUGAAAGAAGUUGUUGCCUUUUAGACAAUGGGAGAAAGGUACAUUUGUUUCCCAGGGAAAGAGGAACAUGCCAACAACUAGAGGGCAGUCGUACCACAGGGUGGCGUGAUUGCCCCCCACUGGCUGGGACAUGGUGGAAGAGCCCAAGGGUGGGCUUUGGAAGACCCAGGUGUGGACAUUCACUCGGCCUCUCUGAGCUUCAGUUUUCUCUCUUCUCCACCAGACUCUUGAGUUAGUGAAAAAAGACAGAGAUGUGAAGGGCCAGGGAUACGUGCUCCUUCCCCCCAGCCCAGGUGGUUACAAAGAAUGUUCCAGAAGCAUACACAGGCAGGGCAAAUGAGACAAAGCCGCGGAGGUCAAAAGGCUGGCAUGGAGAGAAGACUGUAUCCCCGCCCUAGCCCUCCUGCCACACUCCCUACGCUGCCCUGGGGUGAGGAGACUGCAGGCCAAGGGAACACAGGGAUAGCAGAGGGCUGGGCUGCGGGCCAAUGUAUUUAUCCAGGUCCCCUGAGAACCAGGUGUCAAGACAGGAUUAAAUGGGCAAGGAUUGUAUUAAGGAAGAUGCCUGUGUGGAAGAAAAGGAGGAAGGAGCUGGAGACAGCUGGGAGAGCCAUCAGGCCAGGCUGCAAGGCUGACCCCCCCACCUCCCCGAGUCCUCACGAGUCCUCCCCUCAAGAAGGUCAGGUGGGAGCAUCCCAGACUGCUAUCUGCACAACCAAAAGAAGGUUCAGCAAGGCGGCCAGCGUGUCCUCAAGGCAAAGCCAGCCAUCAGAGGCGCUUCCAAAGAAUGGACAGCCCUUAUAUUCCCGCUGCAGGGAACAGCCCGUGGGAAGCAUGGCCUCAGCCCAACAGCAAAUACAGAUUUCAAAGCACAGCGCAGGGCGCUUAGCCAGUCCUUCUCCCUGGAGAAGGAGGUCUGUGAGUAGAACAUUCUCAUUGUAGCCACAGCCGGGGACCAAGGCCAGCUCUCUCCACACUGUGGCCUCCAGGGCAGGACUCUAAGGAGUCUGAGAAUUUUCAUUCAAACUUGGCCUUACGGGUCAUUCUAAAAAUAUUUUUUCGAGGUCAGCCAACAGAAUAUAUUUUAUUCAGCAGCUUCCUUGUUUUGUACCUUUAAAAUAUUUAGCCACGUGGUAUGUGGGUCUCCGUGUAUACUCUUGCCUGGGGCCCCUCAAACAUUAGUGGGUGUGACAUGGACCUUUGCCCAGCCUCCCUGCCAGCCUUCUACCCCCAGGGACCUCUCAGUUGGCCUCCUCUUUUCUACCUCUGAAUCACCACCUUUAAGGUGAGAGUGCCUGGCUUAAUAAGCUUCACACUGUAGACAGGGAAACUGAAGCCUGGGGGGGCAGAGUGACUUGCUGGGAUAGUUCCAAGACUCCUGCUACCAGUCCAGGCUCCUCUUGCCUUCUCCUUCCACCUCUGUCCUGCUCAAUUCUGGUCCCUUCACUCACAUUUAAAUACAAGCCAAGAAAAGCCCUAGUUUGUGGUGCACUGUGUUGCCGCUGGGGGUCUCCCUUUUGACUGCUCCAGGCACUUACCUCUGGGGUGACCAUGAUGGUGAGGAGGUCAGGCCAAGCUUCUGGAAAGGCAGGCUUGGGCUGCCUGAGAGUCUUUGAGACAGUUGCCUCCUGGCUUGGUCUGGAGGCUGAGGAUUGACCACCCUUACCAACACCUUGCUUUUAGCCCAGUGAAACUGAUCUUAGACUUCUGGCCUUCAGAACUUUGAGAGGAUAAAUUUCUAUUGUCUUAAGCCACCCACUUUGGGGUCAUUUGUUAUAGCAGCCGCAGGAACUAACACAUACCCCGAACUCUUAGCUUCUGCUUCCAGAGAAUCGAACUUGCAGUACGCCCCAACGCCAGCCUAUUGCAAUGGAUUCAAAAGCCAGACCCGCCAGGAAGGAGUGUGUUAUGGGUCCAUACCCAGGGCUGAGGCUUGGACGGUUCCGUUCUUCCACUUACUAAGUCCUCGGCAUCAUUUAAGACCCUGAGUCUUACCUUGACCCAAAGCUUUUCCUGACAGACCAGCCCCUGGCCAUUCCUUUCUGAAUCCCACCUCUGUAUCCUUGAACCCCAGAUCUGCGCCCAUUUGAGGCUAAUCCCAAGCGUAUUCCAGAGAGAUCUGAGGCCCUCCUUCCCAUCCAGCUGGGAGCUCCCUGAAGAUGCCAGUGGCACAGAACUCUUUGUGUUCCCUGUAGCAACCAGCACAGGGCUGAGCACAGAGCAGUUGCUCAGAAAACGUUCUUGCUGAGAAUAAUGACUGUGUCCUUCAAUCCUUUUUGUUUGGUGUUUUUCAUAAACCAUGUGCUCUAGACUGAUUGUUUGUGCUCCCCCCAAAAUUCAUAGGUUGAGAUCUUAACCCCCAAUGUGAUGAUAUUUGGAGGUGAGGACUUUGGGAGAUAACUAGGUCAUGAGGAUGGAGCCCUCACGAAUGGGGUUAGUGCCCUCAUAAAAGAGACCCUGGACAGCUCCCUUACUUCUUCUGCCAUGUGAGGACACAGCAAGAAAGUCUUGGCUAUGAACCAAGAAGUUUGCUCUUACCAGACACCAAAUCUGCCAGCAUCAUGAUCUCGAACUUCCCAACCACCGGAAUCGUGAGAAAUAAUUUUUGCUUUUAAGCCAGCCAGUCUGUGGAAUUGUUAUAGCAUCCUGAACAGACAAAGAUGCCAUGCUGGCCAUAUGCAGGACACAGCCACUUCCUCGAGAACAGCUCUUUCCCCUCAACAGCCAGGAGACAAGAGAGUCAACACUCAAGAGACUUCAGCCAGAACAAAAUCAUCGUAGCGAAAUCUGAUUGGAGGCAUUAUUUUUCUGAAUUUUGCCACCCGCUGUCUUUUUGCCUGCAGAACUGGCUACAUAAUUUGUGGGGCCCAGUGCAAAAUGAAAACAUGGGGCCUCCUGUCAUUGAGAAUCGCAAGAUGGGGCCAGCAGAGCGUUAAACUAAGCACAGGGCCCAUGCAAGUCUAUGUUGCAUGCCCACAAAGCCAGCCCUGGGUGCCUGAGACUACUAAUUAACCUCUGUGUAGAGGGUUCUUGGGGUCUCACUUGACCUCCACAACCAAGGGAGUAGCUGCAGAACCAGAGGUGAUAUAUAAAAUAUUUAAUAACCAUCAUAGCAAAGGAACUGGUAUAGGAAAACGGACUCCAUUGGCGGCAGCUACCAGGUCGGCGUCCCCACAGAUCUGCGGGCCAGUCCAACUUUUCAAACAAGGAAACUGGUUCAAGUGAUUUGCUCUAAGUGACAAUUUUUUGGUCUCCUGCUUUCCUAGUCCUCCCCUGUAGCAUCUGACUUCUGCCUAUAAGUGAUUGCAUGAGCCUGAAUAUUUCCUCUAGAGUUAAAAUAAGUACUUCAUUGCAUUUGUAUUCAUUUUGGAAAGAUCUAGAGCCCCGCAGUCAGACAGACCUGGUUUCAAAUCAUGACUCUGCUUGUUACUGUGUAACCUUGGGCAAGUUGCUUUACCUCUCUGAGUUUCUCUUUCCUCAUUGAUAAAAUGGUGAGAAAAAGAUUUACUCUUGCAGGGUUAUUGUCCUAUUUAAAUAAUACACUGUUUCUCAAGAGCCUGGUACAUAUGGGCAUUCUAUAUUUGAUGGUAAAUGUAGGGAAAGAACAGGGUUUCCUGACAGAAAGGGCUCCUCACGCAGCCAAGGUGAGUGCUGCAGCCUCUUGGGAGGGACCCGAUCCCUGCCCCAAGGCUCUGCUUGAGACCAGAGGAUCCGCCAAGAUGCCGCAGGCUGCCAGGGAGUCUGACUGGGGCCGUUUUUCUUCCCUCCUGCUCUCCAGACUCUGGGUUGAUCAUGAAUGGCAGCUGGGCAACCGCUGCACUCGCCUCUCCAGCCCAGCUCUCCACCAGGCUCAGGAGGGAAUCCUCCUC